UUAUUUUCUGGCAGGCAAGGGAGAAAGAAUUGAAAAAGCAAAAGGCUUUAGAGAAAGCUGCUAAACUGCAAGCUCAACAAGCAUCGAAUACUCAAAAAAAGAGUGGAAAGAAAACGGUAAAGCGUGGUGGGGAGGAAGAGAAUCCCGAGGAGUUUAUUGACCCUCAAACGCCUUCCGGCGAGAAGAAAAGAAUGUCUAGUCAAAUGGCAAAGCAGUAUAAUCCUGCUGCAGUUGAGAAAUCGUGGUAUGAAUGGUGGGAGAAAUCCGGGUUCUUUGUAGCAGAUGCGAAGAGCUCCAAACCCUCAUUUGUUAUUGUCUUGCCACCCCCAAACGUGACUGGUGCCCUCCAUAUAGGACAUGCCCUUACUGCUGCUAUAGAGGAUACAAUUAUUCGCUGGCGGAGAAUGUCCGGAUACAAUACCUUGUGGGUUCCUGGGAUGGACCAUGCUGGGAUUGCAACACAGGUGGUUGUGGAAAAGAAGAUAAUGCGUGAAAGAAACUUAACCAGGCAUGAUAUUGGUCGAGAGAGAUUUGUAUCUGAAGUCUGGGAUUGGAAAAACAGAAAUGGGGGCACUAUUUUACAACAGUUACGUCGUUUGGGUGCUUCUUUAGAUUGGUCUCGUGAGUGCUUCACAAUGGAUGAGCAAAGAUCAAGAGCUGUGACAGAGGCUUUUGUUAGGCUUUACAAGGAGGGCCUUAUAUAUAGAGAUUUACGUCUUGUGAAUUGGGAUUGUGUGUUACGGACUGCUAUAUCUGAUAUUGAGGUAGACCAUAUUGAAAUCAAAGAAAGGACUCCACUAAAGGUUCCAGGAUAUGAGAAACUUGUGGAAUUUGGCGUUUUAACUUCAUUUGCUUACCCUUUGGAAGGGGAUCUUGGUGAGAUUGUUGUAGCUACUACUAGGGUGGAGACUAUGCUUGGAGAUACUGCUAUUGCUAUACAUCCUGAUGAUCCAAGGUACAAACAUCUUCAUGGAAAAUUUGCCAUUCAUCCCUUCAAUGGAAGAAAGCUCCCUAUAGUUUGUGAUGCGAUUCUUGUUGAUCCAAAGUUUGGGACAGGUGCUGUUAAGAUUACCCCGGCUCAUGACCCGAAUGAUUUUGAGGUUGGAAAGCGUCAUAAUCUUGAGUUCAUCAACAUUUUUACGGAUGAUGGGAAAAUAAACACCGAUGGUGGCCCAGAGUUUGCCGGUAUGCCACGAUUUAACGCUCGAGAGGCAGUUACUGAAGCAUUGCAAAAGAAGGGACUUUAUAGAGGUGCUAAAGAUAAUGAGAUGCGUCUUGGCAUAUGUUCAAGAACCAAUGAUGUUGUGGAGCCACUUAUAAAGCCUCAGUGGUAUGUUAAUUGCAGUAGUAUGGCAAAGCAAGGUCUUGAUGCUGUUGUGGAUGAAGAAAACAAGAAGAUUGAGAUCAUCCCGAAACAGUAUUCUGCCGACUGGAAGAGAUGGCUUGAAAACAUUCGUGAUUGGUGUGUCUCGAGGCAACUUUGGUGGGGUCACCGUGUCCCUGCAUGGUAUGUCACGCUGGAGGAUGAUGAGCGGAAGGAGCUUGGUGCUUACAAUGACCACUGGGUGGUUGCAAGAAAUGAGGACGAGGCUCAGGUGGAGGCUAGCCAAAUAUAUAAUGGGAAGAAGUUUCAUUUAAGUCAAGAUCCUGACGUGCUUGAUACAUGGUUUUCUUCUGGUCUAUUUCCGUUAACUGUUUUGGGCUGGCCUGAUGAUACAGAAGAUCUAAAGGCAUUUUAUCCGACUUCAGUGUUGGAAACUGGCCAUGAUAUUCUCUUUUUCUGGGUUGCUCGCAUGGUAAUGCUGGGAAUGAAGUUGGGUGGUGAUGUACCUUUUAGAAAGGUUUAUUUGCAUCCCAUGAUUCGUGAUGCACAUGGGCGCAAGAUGUCUAAGUCCUUGGGGAAUGUCAUCGAUCCGCUUGAAGUAAUAAAUGGGAUAUCCUUGGAAGGUCUUCAGAAGAGGCUAGAGGAGGGUAACUUAGAUCCCAAGGAACUAACUGUUGCUAAAGAAGGACAGGUGAAAGACUUUCCUAGUGGUAUUUCUGAAUGUGGUGCUGAUGCUCUCCGCUUUGCACUUAUUUCUUACACAGCUCAGUCUGAUAAAAUAAAUCUGGAUAUCCUAAGGGUGGUUGGGUAUCGCCAGUGGUGUAAUAAAUUGUGGAAUGCUGUACGAUUUGCUAUGAGCAGGCUUGGGGAUGAUUAUGUUCCGCCCACAAAUGUAAAUCCGGAUGACUUGCCAUUUAGCUGUCGAUGGAUACUCUCAGUAUUAAACAAAGCCAUAUCCAAAACUAUUACGGCUUUGGAGUCAUAUGAAUUCUCAGAUGCAGCAAGUACUGUGUAUUCAUGGUGGCAAUACCAACUGUGUGAUGUUUUUAUUGAAGCAAUUAAGCCUUUCUUUGCUGGGAGUGAUCCAAAGUUUGAGUCUGAGAGAAGUUUUGCUCAAGACACACUUUGGUUAUGUCUUGACAAUGGGUUAAGAUUGCUUCAUCCUUUUAUGCCAUAUGUUACGGAAGAAUUAUGGCAGCGCCUUCCUUCAUCAAAGGACCGUACAACUAUAGAAUCAAUUAUGAUAUGCAAGUACCCAUCAAUUGUAGAGGGCUGGACAAAUGAAACAGUGGAAUAUGAGAUGGAUCUUGUAGAUACUGCAGUGAAAUCUCUCAGGUCACUUGCAAAUGAAAGACGUGAAAGGCGACCAGCUUUUGUGCUUUGCAGAAAUGAGGCAUUUGCAGAGAUUAUUGACAGCCAUCAACGUGAAAUUGUUACUCUUGCCAAUUUAUCAACUUUGACGGUAAUUGGUGAGAAUGAUGCUACUCCAGUUGGAUGUGCAGUAUCUGUUGUAAAUGAAAACCUUUCUGUUUAUCUUGAGCUUCGAGGAACUCUUUCUCCAGAGGCAGAACUUGAAAAGAUAAGGAAAAAAGUGGAUGAGAUUCAAAAGCAACAUGACAAGCUGUCCAAGGUCACAAGCGCUACUGGCUACAAAGAGAAGGUUCCUGAACACAUCCAGCAGGAGAAUGUUGCGAAGCUAGCCUCGCUCAUGCAGGAGAUUUUGUCUCUUGAAGAAGCCCGCCAACAUAUUGAAGCUCAAGCCAACAACAAUCACGAUUAACUGUAUUAUUUGUUGGCAUUUUUGGUCUCUGCAACCUCAGAGUGCCCCUCCCUUUUUUGGUCAAAAAAAGGAAAUACAGUUAAUUUAAUUAAAAGAAGAAAUUAUCAGGUCCAAAAGACUGUAUUUUUGUACAUUUGAUACCACCAGCCUUGUUACCAUAUUAAAAUGUGUCAUUAUUUUUAAUGUUUUGUUUAUAAAAUCUUUUAUUAGUCAAGAAGAAUGAUGUUGAAUGAAACUACUGAGAUUUUACCUAACUCCAUGAAAUGAAGCACGCCUGACGUUGCUGGUUUU